AUGCGGAUCGGCCUCACACCCAGCGACCGCAUUGCACUCGCCCUGCACUGCAAUGUGCCACCCACAGCCGACCGAUCCUGGCUCGUUGCUCAGGCGGACCAAGGGUGCCCCGCUGCCUCGUUCUUCCUGGCCCGGAUCAUCCAAGUCCAUCUCGACGGACAGCAGUCCGUAAGCCGGGCAGCGCGGCGGUCUCAGUCUCAACAAAUCUUCCGCCACCUGGAGAAUGCAGCCCACACAAAUCAUCCGAUGGCUCAGUUCCACCUGGCCGAGUGUCAUCGCAAUGGCAUUGGAGUCGACCAGGACCACACCAAGGCUGCCGAACUGUAUCGCUGCCUUGCGGAUCGUGGACUCGCACAGGCCCAAGUUGCUCUCGGCCGAUGCUAUGAGACCGGCGAAGGAGUCGAACAGGACUACGACACCGCCAUCGACAUCUUUGAGCAGCUCGCCAAUGACGGCCACAGCGACAGCCAGCUCUGGAUUGGCGAGUGCUAUCGAUGCGGCUGGGGGAGGCCAAAAAAUUACUCAAGGGCAUUCGAGUGGUUCCGCAAAUCCGCCGAUCAAGGCAAUUCGUACGGGGAGUGGAUGGUCGGCAUGUGCUACUACUGGGGAUACGGCGUCGACAAGGACCACUCCAAGGAAAUCGAGUGGUAUCGCAAAUCGGCCGAGCAGGGCAAUCGAUACGGCCAACACUAUAUCGGCGACUUCUACGAACGCGCUGAUGGUUUCCUCAAGGAUUCUGAAGCUAUGUUUUGGUACCAUAAGGCCGCGGACCAAGGAUUCAGAUACGCCAUCGACAGUCUUAUGAGGCUCGACAGUGGCCCUGACCCAUGA